GCCAUUUGUCAUUCAAAGUUGAGUUUUGCAUGGAGAAUGAUGAAAUCGAAUGUUCACCCGGUAUCAAUGUACGUCUCGCCUUGAUCUCAAUCGGUGACUAAACACUUCCGAUAGCGUUCAUGAGAAAUACCUGUCAGAUGAUCACUCGUCUUACAGAGCCUGAGCGCCGAGCGCUCUCGGACUGCAUGACUCCGCCACUGGACAUGCGUUAAAAUUGCUGUAUUUUCAUCGGCUCCGCCGCGUCACGGGCCGUCCGCCUGAUACUAAUGGCUAGUAUUAAAGCCAUGCCAUCUUAGUCCUGUAGCAUCUCAUCCUGCCAGUGGUUUCCAUCGAAUCAUGCUCAACUUCCCUUGGGCUCGACGUAUCCUACCUCGAACUGGCACGCAGAAAGAGAGAACGCCGUUUCUUGAACGAAGACUUGGGGUAUGGCGCAUACUGAUCGCCGCUGACGAAUCAUCAUCAUUCAGGCUCCCCAAUCUUCAAUGGGGUGUUGUAUCAACACACUUCCCCCUGUUGAUUCGCGCAUACAAGGAUUUUCACUCUGUCAGUCCAAAGUUGUUUUGGCUCCUGAUGGUUACAAAUCUCUGGUAUGCGAUUGAGGACCCACUGUCCCUCUAUUUCUCAAACCGCCUUUUACUUCUUAUCCAACGCUCUGUUUUGGAAGGCAAGAUUCACACGAGUCUCGACAAAGAUCUAUGUAUAGCCAUCAUCGCCCGAGCUUCAUGCUCCGCGUUCAGCGGAUUUGUGCAGUGGGCUUCCAAUGGUGUAAAGGAUCAAUACCGCAUGCUCGUCUGUUACCGAUUUCAAGAGUGGUUGCUGCGAGCAAAUCUUGCGCGUGACAUUGAGGCAUCUCAAGAUAACGAGGCGGGUCUUACAGUCAACACUAAGCAAGUGUUUUACUGCCUUGUACGAUUAAUCGAUCUUGGAAAGGAGAUUAUUUCGUUUCUACUCCAAUUGCGAUUAUUGCUGCAUCUCCUGGGCUCCGAAUUUGCGAGUGCUGGACUUGCCUCGAUCGUAAUGUGUUUUUUGCCCCUGAUAUUGGACAAUAUGUGGGACAAUGAACUCUGGAGCAAAGCUUACGUGAAACAGGCAGUCAAUGACGACUAUUUGCGGCAAGAGGCCUUGACCUCACUUGCAAAACAUACAUACAAAGCUGAGGUGAUGGGAGGUAACUUAUCAGGUUAUCUUUUAAAUGGUCGUGUAUUGAGUAUCUUUGAGUUUCAAAAUCACUCACAUAAACUCUUAGAGUACCAGAAGGUGCACGAUGCACUUAGUCACAUACCUAACGGAGACGUCGAGGAUCUGUGGAAAAGAUCAACGACUGCUUUGCCUAGUAUGUUCUCGAACCUCUGCAAUGACGGACCCAUGCUCUAUAUCGGGCUGUUGGCCCUCAUGAAUCCAAGUCAGGUAUCUGUCGUUCAGCUAGCUAUGCUAGAACAAGCUGCCACACGUCUUCGAUACACAUUUUCCUUCGCCAAGCACAUCAUUAGCCUUUAUCCGACUGAAUUGGCUGGCUUGAAGAAUUUCUACAGACUUCUCGAUCUUAAGAACAAGAUGAAAGAUGGUUGUAUGCCGUAUUCACCGGCAGCCGGUUCUUCGGGUCUCUCGUUAGAAGUUCGAAACGUAUCGUUUAACUAUCCGGGCGCCAAGUCAGAAAGAGAUGCAUUGAAGGAUGUUUCUUUUUCGAUAAAAGCAGGUCAAUUGGUGGUCAUCGUCGGCGCAAACGGCUCAGGAAAAUCGACCAUACUCAAACUUCUGACUCGCUACUACGACACUACCUCAGGCACUGUCUUAAUCGAUGGAAAUCCCAUCGAAGACUAUCGAAUUGCAGACUUGCGGUCUGUGACAGCCAGUCUAACGCAGGAGCACACCUUAUUCCCCCUCUCUAUGAGCGAGAACAUCGGGAUCGGGUCACCAUCAUCUGUAACAAAUCUCGACAAGAUUGCUCAAGCUGCGAAGUUAGCUGGUGCUCAGGACGUUAUCAAGAACUUCACCGACGGAUAUGACACUGUCCUCGAACCUGUCAAGACCGCCCAUCUUAGCUAUACAGGGAGGGGGAACGAGGUCCUAAAAAAUGAGUACGAGAAGAUGGAGAAAACAACAAACGUGUCUGGUACGUCUCAUUUACUAGGAUGGUGCGUGUACUAAUGACGCUUAGGCGGAGAGAAACAAAGACUGGUUGCCUCCCGGACGUUUAUGCGUAUGCUGUCCGAGGACAUCAAGUUUGUUAUAGUCGACGAGCC